UAAACCCGCCUCUCUAUGUCAUUGGCUGUUUUAGGCAGAAAACGGAAAUGUCUCAUACUUGAUUGGAUGAAAUGUUUGUGGACGACAUCAGAUUGACAGUCCAGGAAUGUAUGUUGAGAAAGCAAAGCAAGCUGCAGUAAUAUGAAAAGGAAAAACUAAAGGCUGUCUACAUAUCUUAGGCAUGCUACAAAACUUUAGGCAUACGUAAUCAUCUUCAUAUGGAUUUGGUGAAAGAAUGCUGUUGAACGAGCUCAUGGUAGCUGCACUGCCCCUUUGACGUUCACGUUCAGGUUUCUAGACAAUCGAAUUCGGGAAUGUUUUCGUGGUGGUUCACCUAAAGAAAGAAACAUGGCUUGCUCAUGUUUUUGAACAGGAGAGGAAGGCCCACUGAACCAGAAUAUGAUGUGAAUACACCGAGAGUCAUUCGCCGUUAUCUAGUGUGACGAGGGAUCUUCCGGACGACUGCACCAUGGCCCACUUCGACACGGAGUACCAGCGUCUGGAGACGUCAUAUAACGACUCGCCUCCCGGGGAGGAGAAUCUCCUUGUCCACGUACCGGAGGGAACAAAAUCUCAAUGGCAUCACAUAGAAAACCUGGACCUUUUCUUCCAGAGAAUCUACAAUAUGCACCAAAAGAAUGGAUUUACAUGUAUGCUGUUGGGGGAACUAUUUGAGCUUGUGCAACUGGUGUUUGUAGUGGCGUUCACUGUGUUCCUCGCUAACUGUGUGGACUAUGACAUCCUGUUUGCAAACAAGUUUGUGAACCACACAGAUUCAUCUAAGGUCACGCUACCUGAUGCCUUCCUGCCGGUAGAUGUAUGCAGUGCUCGCAUCCGUGACAAUGUGGCAGUCAUCUUCAUCCUGGUUAUUUCUGGAGUGUUCUGGCUCCACCGGCUAAUCAAGUUUAUGUACAACAUCUGCUGCUACUGGGAGAUCCGCUCCUUCUACAACAAUGCUCUCAAAAUGUCCAUGGCGGAACUCCCCUACUUCACCUGGCAGGAGGUGCAGGCGCGCAUCGUGGAGAUUCAAAAGGAGCACCAAAUCUGCAUCCACAAGAAGGAGCUGAGCGAGCUGGACAUCUACCACCGCAUCCUGCGCUUCAAGAACUACAUGGUGGCCAUGGUCAACAAGUCCCUGCUGCCCGUGCGCUCGCGCCUGCCCCUGCUGGGCGACUGGGUGUUCUACACGCGCGGCCUCAAGUACAACUUCGAGCUCAUCUUCUUCUGGGGCCCCGGCUCGCUCUUCGAGAACGAGUGGAGCCUGAAGACCGAGUACAAGCGCGGGGGGAACCGGCUGGAGCUGGCCGACCGGCUCAGCUCGCGCAUCCUGUGGAUCGGCGUGGCCAACCUGCUCCUGUGCCCCGUCAUCCUGGUGUGGCAGGUCCUCUACGCCUUCUUCAGCUACACGGAGGUGAUCAAGCGCGAGCCGGGCAGCCUGGGCGCGCGCUGCUGGUCGCUCUACGGACGCUGCUACCUGCGCCAUUUUAACGAGCUGGACCACGAGCUCAUGUCGCGCCUCAGUAAAGGCUACAAGGCCUCGUCCAAGUACAUGAACUGCUUCAUGUCGCCGCUGCUCACCGUGGUGGCCAAGAACGUGGCGUUCUUCGCCGGCUCGCUGCUGGCCGUGCUCAUCGCGCUCACCAUCUACGACGAGGAUGUGCUGUCCGUCGAGCACGUGCUCACUAGCAUCACCCUGCUGGGAGUCUGCGUCACUGUCUGCAGGUCUUUCAUCCCAGACAAGCAUAUGGUGUUCUGCCCCGAGCAGCUGCUGAAGGUGAUUCUGGCUCACAUCCACUACAUGCCUGACCACUGGCAGGGCAACGCCCACCGCUACGAGACCCGCGACGAGUUCUCCCAGCUCUUCCAGUACAAGGCUGUGUUCAUCCUGGAGGAAUUGCUCAGUCCGGUCAUCACCCCGUUCAUCCUCAUCUUCUGCCUGCGCCGCAAGUCUCUGGAGAUCAUCGACUUCUUCCGUAACUUCACUGUGGAGGUGGUGGGGGUGGGAGACACCUGCUCGUUCGCCCAGAUGGACGUCCGCCAACAUGGGCAUCCCGCGUGGAUGUCUGCGGGGAAGACGGAGGCCUCUAUCUACCAGCAGGCGGAGGACGGGAAGACGGAGCUGUCACUCAUGCAUUUUGCCAUCACCAACCCGCACUGGCAGCCUCCGCGCGAGAGCACCCACUUCAUCAGCCAGCUCAAGGAGAAGGUGCACCGCGAGGCUGCCGUGGGCCACCAGGGGGCAGUGGCCGACAGCCACGCCUUCACCUCCAUCCACUCGCUUCAGUCUGAGGAGCCCCGCAGUCUCAUCGCUAACCUGCUGGUCGGGCCUCCUCCCCUGGGCUCCCUCCACCUGGGGCGUGACGGCACGCUGGCCAAUCACGUGUCGGUUGGCCUUAGCGACGGGGCGCCGUCGCUGCGCUCCCUCUCCCCGCUCAGCGGGAGCCUCCACCUGCGCAGCAGCUACCCCUCAUCCCGCCUGCACCGCCCAGACCACCCCAGCGGGUCCGCCAGCAGGACCAUGGCCGGAUCAGGUACUGAUGCUCGCACGGUCAGCUCUGGAAGCAGCGCUUGGGAGGGUCAGCUGACCAGUCUGGUCCUAUCAGAGUAUGCCUCCACAGAGAUGAGCAUCCAUGCUGUCUAUAUACAUGAGCUCCACAAGCAGCAGUCUCGCGGGGAACUGUCCCGCCACACGUGGCACCGGCAGGAGAGCGACGAGAGCAGCGAGAGCGCCAUUGACGACUGCGAGGCCCCCCGCAACCUGCCCCGCUCCAACACCUUCCCUUUCACCGCCACUCCACACCAGGAGGGGGCAGCACUGCAGAGUAGUGGCCAGAGGCGCUAUGGGGGAACCACAGAUGCGCUGAGUGGAGCAACCAGGGGACAGAGGUCGGCUCGUGUGCCCAUGGGAGGCUGGGUAGAGGAGAUCCAGUCGGGUCGGCACCAUGACCCGGUGCCUGAGGAGGGUUCUGAGGAUGAACUACCGCCACAGAUCCAUAAGGUGGCAUAAGCCGAGACCGACCAUUGUUCAUCUGAAGAAAAAAAGGGAACUUCACUGACAACAGAUACACACUGACUUGAUUUUAAUUUCUCAGAAGGGUGAAAUAUUUAUCUCAUAUUUAUCUUCCGUAUUUAUCACAAGUCACGCUGUGCCAUUUUCGCCCACGUUUGUAUGUAUUUGAGGUGGUUGAGAAGAUGUCUGACGUUAGUGAAGUCUUCGGGACAAGCUACUAGACCCGCACACAGUCUUCUCAAUGUCAACAACAACAACAACAAACCACGGAGGCUUCAGGCAGUCAAGAGAACUGGACUUCACAUGCAAGGAACUGACAGGAUCCUUUACUUGCAGUAGCAGGAAGGUGUCAUCUUAAGCUUUCCCAGACUAGGCAUUAGAGAAGAACCUGAAAUAUUCUGUAUAACAGCAGUCAUAAAUGCUCAAGGUCCUGUUGACUGUUCAACACAAUUACUCUCAAGAUGCAGGUGCUUGCAGUUGAGUCCCUGCUUGGUUUGAUAAGCUUUUGGUUAGAAAGGCUGACAGAAAUUCUUUACCCUGAAGUUAUUCUAACGUUGGAAAUACCAUGCAUUUAUAGUCCCCUACCGUUCUGAAGGUGUUCGAUUGUUCGAUAGAUUCUCAUAAAAUCCAGAACAGGAAUAGAUUUUAGAUUAAAUUAUUUACACCCAUCUUAACAGUAAAAAAAAAAUUAGGAAUGCAAACCCAAGAUGAAAGCUUGUUAACCUAUCCUAACAUGAUUUUGCUCAGGUAUGUUUUGGAGUUAAUCACCAAAUCACAUACAGGAGAGAGAUUCUAUAUUGUAUAUACUCAUCCUGAUGUCAUAGAGGUUUAAAAUAAGUGUUCAGGUUCUAGUGAUUAUGGGGCUAAACAAUGUUUAAAAAAAAAAAACAUUAAAGGAGAGGCUUUUUUAGAGAAA